AUGGAGGAGAAAGAGAAUGCUGAUAAGGAAGAGGACAAUGAGAAAAAGGAGGAAGAGCAAAAGAGGGAGGAAAAGAAUGAAGGAAUGGGAGGGAAAGAAAAUGAGCAGGAAAUAAAAGAGAAACAAGGACGGAGGAGCAUGAGACAAGAAAGAGAAGGAAAUAAAAUG